AGGAAUGUGUUGCUAAAUCUAAACACGUCGACAUGGCGAAGAUAAACAGAAAAGUAGCACAGCCGCUGUUGACGUUGUUUACAUUAGAAUUGGUUUUAUUCGUGAUUCUGUUAAAUUGCAUCGAAGGUCCUAUUUAUUGAGCUGAUUUGUACCUCACCAAAGCCGCGUUGCUAAAGGAAAAGCUCAUGGUCGUGAAAACAUGGACAGUGAUCUGAGUCCCCAGGAUAAAAAAGACUUGGAUAAGUUCAUUAAGUUCUUUGCCUUGAAAACUGUUCAGGUGAUAGUCCAGGCUCGCCUUGGUGAGAAGAUAUGCACUCGCUCGUCUUCAUCCCCUACUGGCUCUGACUGGUUUAAUUUAGCAAUCAAAGACAUCCCAGAAGUGACCCAUGAAGCCAAGAAAGCAUUGGCUGGCCAACUUCCAGGUGUUGGACGCUCAAUGUGUGUGGAGAUCUCUCUAAAGACUUCGGAGGGGGACUCAAUGGAGUUAGAAACUUGGUGCCUGGAGAUGAAUGAAAAGUGUGAUAAGGAUAUAAAAGUGUCGUAUACUGUCUACGACCGUCUGUCUGUGCUUCUGAAAUCUCUGCUGGCUGUAACUAGAGUAACGCCUGCCUACAAACUGUCCAGAAAGCAGGGACAUGAAUAUGUGAUCUUAUACAGGAUCUACUUUGGGGAAGUUCAGAUGAGAGGAUUAGGAGAAGGUUUCCAGACAGUGCGUGUUGGUGUUGUGGGAACCCCCGUUGGCACUGUCACACUUUCUUGUGCCUAUCGCACCAACCUGGCUUUAAUGUCCAACAGACAGUUCGAGCGGUCUGCGCCCAUCAUGGGGAUAAUUGUGGACCACUUUGUGGACCAACCCUGUGGCAGCCAGCGACCUGCAAAUAUGGGUCAGCCCUGCAACUACAGAGCACCAGAUGAUGAUGAUGGAGAAACAUUUUCAGGCGUUCAGGAGUCACAGGAAGUUUGCACUACUUUAUUCUCUACUUCCCCUCCCUCUCAGUGCAUCUGUACACUGAGUCCUUCUCCUUCUAAACCGUCUCAGACCCUUCCUCUGGACAAUCCACAGUUUCCGAUGGUUCCCGGUCUUGUCACUCACACUCUCUACACUUCUAGAGUAUCCUUCCACCCACCUGUUCUAGCAGGAACUACUGACCUUUGCCAUACUGCUGCCAAUCCAAACCAGGCACUGCAUGCUGGGAAAGAGGACGGGGUUGUGUUGCAUCCAGCGCAGCCAUGUCACGGCACAGAUGCCCAUCUGACAGUGGAGCACAUGCCCAACACACCUGGCAGCAGUGGCGACGAUGACAUUUUAUCCCAAAGCGGAGAGAGGAGGAGUGCUUCUCCCUCUGACCCAGUCGAGUCUCUUAAUGCGUUCACGAGGAAAGUUGGAGCCUUUGUCAAUAAACCCAAUACACGGCUAUCAGCCACAAUGGACCUACCAUUUGCUGCAUUUGCUCCCAGAGGCCUAGACUCAGAGGACAAUGAUCCUAUGGUUCAUCCUCCAGACUCCCCUCCCUGCAUGUCCCCUCUGCAGGCCAGCCUCCAUUCCCAGGGCUCGGAGGGCUCGGGGCACCACGAUGACUUUGUCAUGAUUGACUUUCGGCCGGCUUUCUCUAAAGAUGACUUGUUGCCGAUGGAUUUAGGAACAUUCUACAGGGAGUUUCAGAAUCCUCCACAACUGGCCAGCCUUUCGCUUCACAUCAGUUCCCAGUCGAUGGCUGACGAUCUUGUAGACUCACUACCAGAGAAAUUGGCCAUCUACGAGAGAAACAUUGACGAGUUUGACGCCUUCGUGGAUAUGCUCCAAUAGAGGACAAUAGCGAGCAAGACAUCAGCUGUCCUGCAAGACCCAACUGUAUCGAAAUUUCUUUGACAUUUUUCCUCUCCAAGCCACAGCUGUCCCACCUUGUACAGAACAUUCAGCGUAAAUACAACUUUGCCACUGGCACGCACACGUGUCCUGCUUAAAAUAUUCAUAGUCACUUGAAGCAUACAUGCACAUAAACUUUAAUAUCCACAAGGUGAUAAAAGUCAGGGACACGACCAGCUAGAAUUAACUUUAGAAAACACUAGUCUUAGCAAUUCAAUUGCGUUUAGCCUCACAGUAACGAGCUGUCAAAGAUUUCAGUGAUACGCAACACACAAUUUCUCUCGCGCCAAGUUCCCAGCUGGUCUGUGGAUUUAAAUCAAGUGCAUCUCAAUAUGCUUUCCGUAAGUGUUGUACAGAUAAAUUUUCACAAUUAUUUCAGCAGCCCAGGAGCUGUCACUCCUAAAAGGUAGUUUGAGGCGAUCUGUUUUUAUUGUAAUUCUGGUGUGCUCAAUGGCAAAGUACACUAAUGAAAGUGAGGCUGCUGUAUCAAUUUAAAUUUUAGCACAUUUUGGGAAUGGCACAUUUAAGGAAUCAAAGUUUCCCAGCAAGGAUCAUGUCAUACGAUUUGGUUGAAAGCUUUAAAUGUACAUUUUCCUUUGCUUUGAUGUCCCAAUAAAAAGCAUGUCAAAAUGA